AGGCUCGAAAGCAUUCCAAGUUAAUCCAGGAAGAAAAAAAAGCGUGGUCACGGUGAAUGACACGAUUGUAGAAAUACAAGCUGCAAAAAUAGGUUUUGCCCGGAUAAGCGCUCAUUCCGUAACGUAACACAGCUGGCACUGACGCUGACCAAAUACGUCUCCUCCAGGUCAACUCGGUGGAGUCAAGCUUGAAGUUUGCUGGGCCUCAUUUUCAUGGUUCUGUACCUACGGGCGAUCCUGACCUGGCUAGGCUUCCUGUUCAACACAACUGCACCACAUAUCCGGUCCAUCGUACGCCAGUGUAUUUUCUACAUUCGCAAGUUAGGUAUCCGGGCUUCUGGCUUGCAAACGCUUUUGAGCCGUCUCCUUGCAUACUAUCAGAGGAUUUCACCAACGAACAGUAAUGCAGAACCAGAGACAACACAUUUUAUAGCUGCGAGCACCAUCCAUCCAGUCCUUGCGCCAGUAAACGAUCUGAGUCAGAGCUCACCUAUCCAGGCAAACCAGCUUCAGGUCCAGGUCAGUCAACAUCCUGCUCAAGGUUCCAGCACUUCCAUCGAUUCCCGGUCACCAUCUGCGUUGCCAACGGAAUGGGAUCCCAAAAGGUUCAAACCGUUGGCUCCGCAGCUUUGCCAGAGGUACAAAGGAAGGGUACUUGUGUAUGCUUUUCGUUCUAUCAGGUUCUCUUGAUCUCAACUGUUCUAUUGGUCGUGAUAUAGAAGGAGUGACAUCGAGACCAAGCCUAUCCCAGCCAAAAAGAAGGAUUUUUCAGAAACGCCUGUCGACGGUUGGGAAAGUGUCGUACAUCCAGAGGGAGCGUUGUACUUCUAUGAUGCCACUCGACACGUUUUCACGGACGCAAAUCUGAGAAGCAAAAGGCUUCUCAAGGCCAUCAAUCAUCUGGCUUACCAACUACUCUUGAAAGCCAGUGAUAUAA